UGAGUGUUAGGCUACAGUGUACACAGGUGUAAGGUUCUAUGAAUGGUGAUGCUUCUUCACGUUCAUAUUGGAUGUCGACGGUUAUUAUCGCGGCUAAAACAAACAACACGAGCCCGAUAUUUUUCUGAUUCAAAAUUGAAAGUCGCUGUUAAUGUUAUCUCAAGUGGUGGAUUUGGCACUCCAAAGUCGAUCCUGGUGAAUGUGACAAACACCAAAGAGGAGCGGCACCAGACGACACAGUAUGACAGUGGUUACUUCUACACUCCCGCAGUUGGCAAAAGUUACCUUUUCAACUGUGGAGAAGGAACUAAAAGAUCGUUCACCAUGAAUAUGUAUAAGAGGAACACUGUUGAAGACAUUUUUGUUACAGUCUCAAACUGGGAAAAUUUAGGAGGGUUGAAAGGGCUAUUUACUGAACGAACCAGGUAUGAAGAUACUUCUGAAAUGUUUCGUAAAGAUUUGAGAUUAUAUGGACCAGAAUCGAUGUUGGAUCGCUUUUAUGUUGGUUCAGCCCCAGUUUACAGUUUGGUAAAUGCAACAAGGGAUAUGUUCCAUGAAGAUGAAUAUGUGCAGAUAAAAUACAUUCCAUUUUUCCCUGAACUGUCUGUCGAAGAUUUGAAAUAUUAUCCUGCCCAUGUCGCAGAGCAAACACAAAACUGGAAGAUUGAAGGAGUGCAACCAGCGCUGAAGCAGAAAUUGUCAUCUAUAGUGUACAUACUAAAGGUUUUAGAAGAAGAAAGUAACAGUCUGCCAACUAUUAUGAUACUGGAGUGUCCAGAUAAAAGAUACCUAAAAAGUCUGUUGGAAUCUGAAGAUCUACAGAAACACCUAAAUGAACCUGGAGCAUAUAUAUUCCACCUUUCCCCUGUCAGUGUAGUGGAAGAUCCUAGCUACAAAACAUUAAUCAACAGAUCUCAUGCCUCAAAUGAACACAUUCACGUUGAUGAGAGACAAGGACAACCAUCUCAGAAUCACAUCAGAGUUUUACAGAAAGUUCUUCAUGAAUUGGACAAUAAAGUUUUCCCAUUAUUUCCUUCCCAUGCAAAUUUAGAUCAACACCACGACAACUCAAAUCAAGUAUUAAGAAGUAAAACGAAUACACAGAAAAUGUUGUCAGUGAGAUGUGGACACUCUCUACAAUUUCAGAAUAUGGUACCACGCCUGACCAGUACACUCAGGAACCCACAAAGAUCUUUCAAGAAAGGAAUGAAGAAUUUAAAGAAAAAAGAUGAAAAAUAUCUUCAAUCAGUCCAGGAGUUUGUGCAAAAGCAAAAUCGAGAUAAAGUGGUAUACCCAGUAAUAUUGUUCCUAGGGACUGCAGCCACAAAACCUGCCAUGUUGAGGAAUGUAACCGGAAUAUAUCUUCAGAUAGACCCAGACACUGCCAUUCUGCUGGACUGUGGAGAAGGCACCUACAUUCAAAUGUGCCUCCACUUCGGUAGCAAGACAAAUGAAAUGCUGAGAAAAAUCAAGUGCAUUUUUAUUUCUCAUUUACAUGCAGACCACAUUGCGGGCCUAGCUGGUAUUCUUAAGCAAAGACAUCUGGCAUUUAAGGAGAUUGGUGUUCCUGUGGAGCCUGUUGACAUCAUUGGAGAGGAUGAUAUGGUAGUUUUAAGAUAUGCUAUAGCCUAUUUUGUGCCCAACAUUUUGGAAGAGACAAAGAUGCACAUGUCUAGGACCUUCAGAUCAGUAGGAUAUUCAUCAGAAAUUCAUCAAAAACUAAAACUGAAAGAGUUGAGAACAGUAAAAGCACUUCACAACCGUGGACGGGCACAUUCUGUUUCCUUCAAACAUGAAGCUGGAUGGCACCUGGUUUUCUCGGGAGAUACUAUGUAUAAUAUUAAUCUCAUCAAUUUAGGUUACAACUGUGACAUCUUGAUACAUGAAGCAACCUUUCCUUCUACAUCAGCAGAUUUUGCCAGGAAGUCCAAUCAUAGUACUGUAACAGAUGCACUGAACGCUAGUACACGGAUGAAAGCGAAGAAAACCAUCCUGACCCACUUCAGUCCAAAGGCUCUGCGUUACGAGAAAGACUUGAUCUUAUCUCGAACUGACGUUACUAUUGCAAUGGAUCAUAUGAAAGUUCAAAUGAGUGACCUGGACUUUACGCCUCUUUACAAUCCAUUUUUAUUGGAAUUAGCAGAAUAUAUUGAAAAAAGAAGGAACAUUAAUAUCUAAUAAUACCUUAAACCAGGGUCAGUGUUUCAAAAGGCAUUCAUGCAUUAUGUGUAACAACACACAGACGUCCAUGCAUCAUGUGUAACAACACAC